AUGAGCAGGAACUACAUGUCCAAAUACGAUGAGCUCCGCAAGGGAGACUACCUCUGGUCCAACAACAAGGAGUAUAAAGCUGUGUUCCAGGAGGACGGCAACUUUGUCAUCUACGGCUGGAAGCAGAUCUGGUCGUCUGAGACCUCUGGCAUGCGAGAGGCCUACCGCCUGUGCAUGCAGGACGACUGCAACUUCAUCAUGUACGGGAGGGACAAUCAGGCCAUGUGGCACACCAACACCCACAGGUCCGACGGCUGCAGGGUGUGCCGCCUCUACCUGCGCAACGACGGCACCAUGGUGAUCGAGAGGGAUGGCGAGGAGAUGUGGUCCUCCGCUGCGUCCAAGGGCCAGAAGUGA